CCACCAUUUCGUCAGACUAUGUCGACACUCUACGUUUCUCCGCUUUCUCACUUUUCCCCUUCUCUGUUCUCGGCUAUUCCCACACGACAUUCUGUCAUCAUCUUUCUCCGACAUUUUUCGCCAUUCCCUUUGUUUAGUUCAUUUUCCUUCGUGCUUUUUGCACUUUCCGGAUUUAAAAUUCCUCCUAGGUUGUAUAAACCCUAGUAUCAUCAUCACGCUUCCUCUUCUUUAUUCUUCCAUGUUCUUCUUCGAGGAUUUUCUGCAGUUGCUUUAUCUGGAUCGUUUCGGAUCAAAAUCUCGAGCGUUCUCAGAGUCCUUCUUGCAGACAAUAUCCGAUUCCAUGCUCUCCGCGAACUGCAACCCGACUGAUUCGGACCUAUGCCGAGAUGACUCCACGGCGAGGAUCCUGAAAUUCGUGGCUAUGGCGGCCAUUCUCCUCGCCGGCGUGACCGGCGUCUCCAUCCCUCUCCUCGGCAGGCACCGCCGACUUCUCCGAACGGACGGCAGCCUCUUCGUAGCGGCGAAGGCUUUCGCCGCGGGUGUCAUCCUGGCGACCGGAUUCGUCCACAUGCUUUCGGGCGGGUCGGAUGCACUAUCAGACCCAUGUCUGCCCGAAUUCCCAUGGUCCAAGUUUCCUUUCUCCGGGUUCUUCGCAAUGAUUGCAGCGUUAAUGACGCUGUUGGCUGAUUUUGUGGGGACCCAGUAUUACGAAAGGAAGCAGGGGUUGACUCGGGUAAGGGAAGAGCAUGGAGGUUCAGCUGCGAAUUCGGAGUCGGAGUCGGGCAUCGUAGCGGUGGAUAUGGAAGAUAAUAAAGAUCGGAAGGGAAAGGUGUUUGGUGAGGAAGAAGGUGGUGGGAUGCACAUCGUGGGAAUGCAUGCACACGCAGCUCACCACAGACAUAACCACCCUCAUGGGCAGGACGCUUGUGACGGGCAAGCCAAGGUCCACGGAGUCGGACACGUUCACCUGCACGGCCAUGGACAUGGCCACGACCAUGGAUUUGGAGAUAGGGACGAGGAUAGUAGCAUUAGGCACGUCGUUGUUUCUCAGAUUUUGGAGCUUGGAAUUGUUUCGCACUCUAUUAUAAUCGGACUAUCUUUAGGCGUUUCACAAAGUCCAUGCACCAUAAGACCUUUAAUUGCAGCAUUAUCCUUCCAUCAGUUUUUUGAAGGAUUUGCCCUUGGAGGCUGUAUUUCUCAAGCCCAGUUCAACACUCAAUCUGCGUCACUGAUGGCAUGUUUUUUUGCUGUCACUACCCCAUUGGGUAUUGGGAUUGGAACUGCCAUCUCAUCUUCCUACAAUCCUCAUAGUGCCGGUGCACUGGUGGUUGAGGGCAUCUUGGACUCUCUUUCUGCUGGGAUUUUGGUUUAUAUGGCUUUGGUGGAUCUCAUUGCUGCGGAUUUUCUUAGUAAGAGAAUGAGCUGCAACUUCAGACUCCAGGUAGUAUCUUACUUGAUGCUGUUCCUUGGAGCUGGCCUUAUGUCUGGCCUUGCAAUCUGGGCUUGAUUUACUUGGUUUUCUGGCUACCUUUGAUUUUUUGGUUGCUAAACCUGUAUCAUUCAUACAUCAAAAGUUUCAUCAAGUGUUACAAUUGAUUGUUCAAGUGAAAAUUGGGUUCGCAAAAGAAGGUGGAGAAGCAUUAAAAUUGGUUGUAUCAUGUUGAUUGUGAAUUACAAUUCCAUUAGUUUGCAAGUUCACUCUCUUACUCUUCCGUCUCUUCAAUAUUAUCUUGUUCUAUCUGUGUGA